AUGUUUGUGUCUCCUCCAGGUUCCCAUGAUUCCUUUAGUUUUUACAUUGACGAGGCGUCUCCAGUUGGCCCCGAGCAGCCGGACACUGUGCAGAACUUUGUGUCUGUUUUUGGCACGGUGGCCAAGAAGCUAAUGAGAAAGUGGUUGGCUACACAGACCAUGAACUUCACGAGCCAACUGGAGGCUGGGGUCCGCUUCUUUGACCUGCGCAUCUCCACCAAGCCCCGUGACCCUGACAACGAGCUGUUCUUCGCCCACGGGCUAUUCAGCGCCACGGUCCGAGAAGGUCUAGAGCAGAUCAGCGGUUUCCUGUCAGCUCAUGCCAGAGAGGUUGUGUUCCUGGAUUUUAACCACUUCUACGGCGUGCAGAACAUGCACCAUGAAAAACUGGUGUCCAUGUUAAGAGAGGUGUUUGGAGACAAACUCUGCCCGGUCAUCUUCGCUCAGGAGGUGUCUCUGCAGUAUCUAUGGGAGAAGGAGUACCAGGUGCUGGUCUUCUACCAUCACCCCAUGGCCCUGGAGGUGCCCUUCCUGUGGCCCGGGCAGAUGAUGCCCUCCCCAUGGGCCAACACCACCGACCCAGAGAAGCUGAUUCAGUUUCUCCAGGCGUCAGUUACUGAUCGGAGGAGGAAGGGGACCUUCUUUGUCUCCCAGGUGGUCCUGACACCGAAGGCCAGCACCGUGAUGAAGGGCAUGGCGAGCGGACUGAGAGAGACAAUCACAGAAAGGGCCUUACCAGCCAUGAUGCAGUGGAUCAGGUCACAGAGACCCGGGGAGAGUGGCAUCAACAUUAUCACAGCUGACUUUGUAGAGCUUGGAGAAUUCAUCAGCGCUGUCAUCACCCUCAACUAUCACCUGGACGACGAGGAUGAUUACGCCACCUGAGAGCCCACAGUGGGCGUUAGGGAGCACAGUCACCACUAUCACUAGAGGCUUUGUCUGUGCUCUCACUCUUCUCUCUUUGGCAUUUAUUUCAGGAGGGGAGCUGCACUGCUCCUUUUAAUUUAUUUAGGGCUAUAGUGGUGUGCAAGCUCAAUUGACAGAAGGACGUUGAGGUAAGGGAAGUUGGGAUUGGGAGGAACAACAAUGGUAUUUGGUUGGAGCACAAAGAGAAAGAGGUUUUGUUUGUUUCCUAUAUUGGGGAUCAAAAUAGUUUUUUCAAGUGAGAUGUUCUUUACUUACUGUGCUAUAAAAAAGAACAGUGUUCUCCACUGAUUAAAUGCACUGUUUUCAGGCAAAGCACUUCACCUGGGGUAGAUUGCUCUCAGCAUUUCAACAUUCUGCUAAAUGUAUUGGUACAUAAUUUGUUUUAUUCUAGUAAAAGUUUUUUUUGCAGAAAUUGGUGUUGAGAAACUUAAACCACUACAUUUGUAGAUGUUAUUUUUACAAUAAGCAUUCUAAGUCAGAUCACUGCGAGUGUUUCUGAAAAGCAUAUAGGCCUACACAGCAGAAUUAUUUUAAGUGUUAGAAAAGAAAGCAACCUUUUUUAUGUUUCCUCAGCAGUUAUCUCACAUUGGCUUUUUUCUUUUAGUCUCAUCUGAAAUAAGCUUGCAGCCUUGAAAUUGAUCAGACACCAUUUUUUGACUUGGUAAGUCAUGUUUCACUAAUUAAUAAACACAGAGAAAUAGAGAACGAGAGUGAAGCUUUGUCAGCCAAGAAAAAAGUACCUUUCACAACAUGUGUACUUUACAUAUGGUGCAUCAAAACCAAACAAUAAUUGUAACAUGUUAUUGUGCAAGGUGACUUAAAAAAAUAUGUAUUUAAGAUAGCUAGUAAUGUUUUCUAUGUUACUAGUCACCUCUAACAGUAAGGAAUCCAACAUGACACAUUUAUGGCAUUUCGUGGUGGGUGCUGAGUCGUGAUAGCCAAGUAUAAAACUACAGUAAAUCUGGGUAUGAGCUUUCAUCCGCUGUCUGUGUGUGCACCUUUACUUACUGCUGUAGUGCAGUAUAUGUGAGUCAUCAUACGAUGUAUCACAGUGUUGUUCCUUUCAUAAUAACAGGUGAUAAGGUUUAUUGACUCUAACUCAGAGUCAAGAUUCAUUUGAAGUCAGAAAAGGAUUCACGGAGUCAGGGGGUCUUGAUGCCACAUCAGUGUCUAUUGACACUUGUUAAAUAACUCAAUCAAUGUUUGGUUUAAUAUCUAGCUGUAACUCUUUGGUGUCUACGUAAUUAGGUGUUUCAUGUUUCUGAAUGUCACUGAAUCAUCUGUUUUGUGCUAUAUCAUUUAGCACACCAUUAUCUUUCAUUUGUCUUGAAUUGCUUUAAAUAUUUAACUUGCAGUAUUUGACUAAGAUGGAAAAAUACCUUGAAAUUGCACCCAGAAAGAUAAAAAUAAUAUUUUUAUUGCGAGGUUUUACACAUUAUGCAUGAAAACAAUCACAUACAAGUCAAACAUCCACACAGCCUAUGAUCAGUGUUGCACUUUCUGCUGAGAAUGUAUUCUGUCAGGACACUGUUACUAGUUUGAUAAUGCACAACCAAAACAGAAAACUCAACUCUUUGGAUUUGUGAAUGUAUGUCAUGUGAGUAACUGUGCCAUUUCUAAAAAGUACAUGUGAUCGAGAGACUGAGUCCCAGCUAGAAAGUCCUUUUUGUAUUGUAUGCUUCAAUGUGGAGCUGAGUUCCAGUUUUAGAGUUUAAACAGUACUUCUUUACUUCAAUGUGUUUUCAUGUUAAAAUGUUUUAUAUUGUGAAAAUAAGUCUGUACAUACUGUAAUUGCAAAUAGUAUCCUGCCGUUAAAUUGCAAAUUCUUUAAAGUAUUGCAAAAUCAUUGCUAAUAACUUCUUAACUUUGACCUAAACUAAGCUAUCAUACUAUAUAAAAACUUCUUCUUUUUUUUCCAGAUUUGUGCAUGAACCAAACAGUUCUACAUUUACCUAUUGUUGUUUAGCUCUGUCAUUUUCUGCAUAUUGUUCUCCAGAGCAUGGGUGCAUCUUAGUUACACAGAAAACAAUUACUUUUUAAAUGUUGCAGUUCCACUACUCCAUACAGAUUAAGAAUAAAGCAACACACAUUUUCAAACUUGAAAAGGCUUAAAUUGUGUUGUACGGACAUUUGUGUCUUCCCUGGUCCAAACUGUUGUCAUUGCCUUUAUGUCCUGGUGUCUAACGAGUCCUUCGCUGUUGUUAAAAUCAAAAGCUUUUAUUCAAAAGUGACUCUGUUCUCAGUGAAAACGGCAAAUCAAAUAAAGCUUCUCUGCCUAAAGAUUGA